AUGUCUGAGUCGGAGCCAACUCUUGAGUUAACGGAUAACGUAAAAGCAUUUCUGACAGAGAAGGGCCUGGAAGUGAUGAACUACUUGGACAGGGGAACGACAGCCGUUGUUUUCAGCGCCCGUAUGACAGACACCGACAGCGAGACUCAGGAGCGCCGGGAGGUUGUGGUGGCCGUCAAGUUCAUAGAUCUGGAAAAACUGGAGGUGAAGCACAAGAAGAAGUACAUCCCUCGGGAGAUGGCAAUCGUGAACGCCGUCCGCCACGAAUACAUCAUUAAUACCCAUAAGUUACUGGAGCUCGAGGGCCGGUAUGUGUUUAUAGUCACCGAUUUGGCGGACGGCGAUGUCAUUACCCUAUUGGCUAAAGGCGAGCACCUGGACGUCCAACUCGUAAAACAGUGGUUCCGACAGAUAGUCUCAGCGGUGGAGUACUUACACGGCAUCGGUAUCGCGCACCGGGACCUCAAAGGGGAUAACGUACUCAUGAGAAACAACUCCAUGAAAGUGACGGACUUUGGGUACGCCCUGGAGCUACCCCUCGAGUCGGACGGCACCCGCAAAAAGUGUAUAUCCAGUUCCGUCCCCGAGGUUCUCAUACCUGUCCAGCCCUAUGACCCCUUUGCGGCCGACUGUUUCAGUUUAGGUUGUUCGGGAGAGAAAUACCGGUCCAAAGAGGGAAAGGAGAAGUUGAGGCAAAAGAUUAUCGAUAAGGACUGGGAUCUACCGGAAAGCCUACAGAAUGAUGAGAGUCUGUACAUUCUAUUGAAGCAGUUGUUGAAUCCGGAUCCGUCCGAAAGGAUUAGGAGCUCUCAGAUACUGUCCCACCCGUGGCUUAAGAGUUAG